UCCAGCAUCACACCCAAAAAGCCCCAAAAUCCAAACUUUUCAAAAUGCUCCGCUCCAUGGUCCUUGCCGCCGUCCUUGUAGCCAGCUACGUCAAUGCCGACUUGUACUGCACCUUCUUCUCCGACCAGGACUGCAAGACCCGCAGCGGAUCCCUGGACUACGACGCCAACAACGACGGCAUCUUCCAGAACGGCGGGACCUACUUCGCAUGCCACAAUGGUCCCACCCGGGUCAGCCUCACCGAAUACCCUCCCGGUGACUCCGCGGGCGAUAAUCCAGAUAACUGCCAUUACUUCCUCGUCGAGGAGGACUUGACCUGCAGUGAGCUUACGGCCUUUGGCUUUCACCCUGGAAAUGGCGGCUAUUACAGGCUCGGCGGUGGGUGCUAGAUGCUGGUUGGACGGUGGGCUUGGCUUUCGUUCCCUGUACUUCUGAAGUUGGGGAGGGCUGGGUUUUGCAGGCAGAUGAAAAUUGUGCAUGUAUAUGAGCACGAAUUGCAGGAUAUUCAGGUUCUUUGUUCAAGGACGUCCAAAGUAGCAU